AUGUCAACCCAGAAUUUGGAUAAGAAGAACAUUUCAAUCCAAAAAUUCUUAAAAGAAAAUACCUCAUUGGACAACAAGGUGUUUGUAUCUUACGAAAUCACCACAAAUAUAAAGGAAUUGGAUAUAAAAAAUGGAAAUUUGAACGAUUCCUUGUUCGUUUCCGUUGUUUGGACUGGAAAAUUGGCUAAAUUUAAAUUGUUAGAAAAUGAUAGUUCAUUGAAGGAGCUAUUUGAUUUAUUACAAAAAUUAAAGGAAAUGAAUAAAAGAACGAUGGUGCAUUUAACAUGUUAUCAAAUGACUUUUGAAAAAUUAAAAUAUAUUCUGGAGAAAUUGAGAAGUUUUGAUGUCGUGGAUUUAUUGGUAUUGAGAGGAGAUGGAGAUGAGUUCGUAGAAUUUAAAAAUGCUUUGGAGCUAAUGGAAGCUAUAAACAAUAACAAAAAUUAUCCUAAAUUUAACCUUGCUAUUGCUGGUUAUCCACAGGGGCAUCCAGAAAGUUUAUCAGUUCAGCAAGAUUUUGAAAUACUCAAAAAGAAGAUUGAAUCAGGUCCAGGAAUUAUCAUCACUCAAUUCUUUUUCAACGCCAUGGAUUUCAUAAAUUUUGUUGAAAAUUGCCACAACAUUUAUGAUAUUCAUAUUCCGAUAAUACCAGGAAUAUUGCUAGCUCCAUCUUAUGCAGUUCUAGAGAAAAUAUCUGGCAUAGCAAAAGUGUCUUUGCCAUCAGAAUUAAUAAAUGUGUGCAACUUUGAUAAUAAGCAAUUCGAAGAAUAUUAUACAGAAUUUAUAGUUAAACUUGUCAGCAAUGUAAAACGUGAGGACAAUGUUGAGGUUAGGCAAACUGAGGUUCAUCAAGAGGGAAAUGAAACCUUGAAGCAGAACUGA